AUGAAACAGCACAAUGAACCGACCCCGUUGCUUACGAAAUGUUGUGAUGUUUCAAUGUUUUCUUUCUGUGGUGCUUUUCUACUGAUAAAUGCAUUUUUUUAUCAUUGCAUUUCGCGUUCGUACAAUAUCUGUCGUCGUAAGCCAGAACGCAGGAAGCGUAUAUAGUUAUCAUCCCUGCGCUGUGUACACGUAAAGGGCACACCAUCGCACAGGUGACUCAUAGCACCUGUAUUGAAGUUGCGAGGCACGUAACGCAUUUCAUUUUUCGGCCGUGUUGUGUGGAUUGUGGGCGAGUGAAAAUGUGUAAUAGAAUGUGCUGCUGAUCGAUUGAUUAUCAACUUACCGUCACGACGUAACCGGACACGGAAGGCUGCAAUGGAUUCCAGAAAAGACAUCUACAACCUUUGGGUGCAAUACACGACGAAGAACGAUGAAACGUACUUUCGCCAGUUCAUAGCAGGGUUUGUCAGUAUAUGGCACUCCCAGUUGCAGCUCGAUUUCGAAAACGCCCCCCGGUGGGACUCGGUUGCACCGGAUUUGGGCCCACAUUUGAGUCGCCUGCCAGACGAGCUGCUACCUGCGAUAGAAAAGUUUCUGAUAAUCGCACGAGAUGGUUGUGAAAAUGUUCGGGAAGCAGGCGGUGUGCGUGAUAGUUCGAUGAGCGAAAAUGUACUGCUGGUGCAAUGUCUGACCGUAAUUUGUCGUCACUUUGAAAACAUUUCUUCUGUCAUCAACUCCAGCAACAUCUCCAGCUGCAUCGCUAUUUCUAAUUGUAUUAUAACACAGCUUAACAAUGAGCAGCAGCAAUCGAUGAACCUGGAAGCGGAUGUACUGUUCGUGAAAAGUGUAGCCCGACUGUUGGAAGUGCUGUACGAUCCGUAUUUAACCUGGAGAAGCUACCUGCGCGGCGAACACGCAGACUACGGUAGCUUGAGUUACAAAAUAUCUCAACUGCAGCCGGAAAUAGUGCCAUUUAUAUACGAUUGCUUCCAGAGUGGUAAAGCUACGAAGAACGCGCAUAUUGGCGUUGACUUAGUUCACAUUCUCGGUGCAGUCAUUGCAGGAUCUCAGGGAGCUUUACUUAACGUUCCGCUACCUAAUGUCAAUUCAUACUAUUUAAAUAAUCCGGUCGGUGAAGGAAACGAACCUGUUGCGCACAAUGGGCUUCGUGCCAUAAGUCCUGCAACAGUUACCAUCAUUAUAGACGUAAUAUGUACAUGGGAAAGCGAUGCAGAACUUCGGCAAUUGAUGCUUCAUUGUUUCGCAUUGAUGGCAGUCAUUCUUCAAAAGUCUAGUCCUGAACAGCGUCAGAUUGAUUUGCUGACCAUUUUUCAACUGUAUAUAGGCUCGAUCCGUGAUCUGCUGACGACGGAACACUUUUUGACAAAGUGUUCAUCGGUGGGUAGCUUCGAAUUGUCUCACGACGAUGAUAAUUACAUCGACGUUGGUGCUCUCUGUGCCGCUUUAGCGAUUAUCCGCGAGUUUAUUCCGGACCACGCAAACAAGCUCAUCCUGUGCAAUGCCUUGUUUGAGGCAAAGUUUCUCGUCAACCUGGUACAGAUACCGGAACAAGUAAAGAAAUGGAACAUUGAUCACCAAACGCUCGGUACGGUGCUGGUAGAGACGUUGCAGAAGUUGUGCUCUAAUUCGGAGAAAAUGCAAUACAAUCUAAUGCAUACGAACUAUAUCAAUGUGCUUUUUGAUGGCUUAAGAGGUUUUGGUAAACCGUCGUCUAGUUUAAUUAGUCAGUGUUUGGGGUUUGCAUUUGACGAACAAGAUACACGACAGGUGAACCCCGUGGUCGUCAUCAAGCUGAUAGAAUGGAUACCACUAAUGGGAGAAACGGAACAGAAUAUGCUUAGCGAUGUGUUGUUGAAGAAAUGUGCAGCCACUAUGCAAAGCAAGCAGCACGUUUGUGGUCAGAAAUCGAUCAAGCGGAUCGUCGAUGUUUGCCUAUCAUGUUCGCAACGUUUAUCAUCAAAAUGUGCAAUAAAUCUGCUGAAACUGAUCGAAGAGCUAGCCAAAUAUAGCAUCUAUCCGGCGGAAGUGAACAGUUUAUUCCGCUUGUUGCGCCCGGAGUCCCAGUUCGAGUAUCGUAAGCUGCUGCUCGAAACACUGCUGCGAAUAACGCAUCACCGUAGUACGGUCGGUAUAAUACCGGACAAUUUGCUCGACAUUCAAACGAACACAAGCGGCAUAACGAUACCGGAGAUACGUAAAUGGGAGACGACGCAUGGGUUUGUGUUUCACGCCUGGUUGCGAUUGGAGGAGGAACAUUCGAUAGCCCAGAACUAUCGUCGGCAACUGUUCAGUUUGACGACCAACUACGGUACCGGGUAUGAGUUUUUCAUCCAGAAAAAUGGCAACUUUGUGGUGAGCGUGAUCACAAAGAAGGAAUUUUUCACAGCCACCGUACAAUCGCCUCAGCUGCUCGAUGGCCGCUGGCAUUCGGUGACGGUCAGUGUCGUACCACCGAAGCGGCUGUUUUCCUACCAUCAGAUAAACGUGUACCUCGAUUCGGUGCAAAAGCUGGGAUCGACGAUGAAGUACGCUUCGUUCGCGGAAGUGUUUCACUACUGCUCGAUCGGUGCACCGUACAAUAACUUUCGCAAAGUAUCACACACAUCACAUCAGUCGAAUUCAGCCCGCAUGAGUCCUGUGCCGACCGACGUAACCGCUUCACCGAGCGGCGAGAAGGAAGAGAAAACGAAAUCUUCCGGGCUGUUUCCGAACCUGAUCGAGCGUACAUUCUUUCCCGGGCUGGUAUCGCAAGUGCCGAACUAUUUUACUCUACCAAGCAAAUCUACGUCGUCGUUGGAUCCGAGCGUAAAAUCGUACCCGAUCGGUAUGCAGGAUCUUGUGUUCGGUGAAGCGAUCUGUCUUAAAGGGCAGCUUGGUGCGGUGCUGCUGGCUGAUACGAACGUUAACAUCAAGAGUUUGUUCGAAGCGGGACCUAAUGUGGCGAAUGUGCUGGCCACGGAUAUGAUCGAAUCGUUCGAUAUGGCCUCCAAGUUUGUGUUUUGUUUCGCGCCUAAUGCAUGCUUCGAUGGGCUAUGUUUGGAUCUGGCACCGGGAAAUCAGUACAACGGUCACCUGGUGGCUAGCGUGGCGAAUACACUUUCGCUACAGAACGCUCUGAAUGGAAUCGGAGGUAUGGUGGCAUUGUUACCGAUUGUGGACAGCAUUUCGUUGCUGCCGGACUCGGACAUUCCAUCGGCAAACGAACUGAUAUCGCUCAGCCCGGUAGAAUCACCACUGAAGGAGGAAAACUUUGGCGAUUGGGAAAUGCUCCAGGUCAACUCAUUGACCGAGGCAAAAAUUAUCCAAAACCCGAUCGCUUGCUUUCUGUGCCUGGUUCGUAACUUUAUCAGUGGCAGUGAGCUCAACAAAGAGAAUAUGCUGAAAAAUGAUGCAAUUGCCAUUAUGAGCACAUUGCUCCAGCGGUGUAACGAGCGACUGUUCGACGUAAAUGUACUAAUGGCGAUGCAGUUGCUGAUCGAGUCGAUACAGAAUGAAAUGCCGUCCGGAAAUAUGGAGCUGCUGCAUGUGCUGCAUCGCGAUUUGGUGUUUAACUUUCGUAUUUGGGCCAAGGCACAGUUCCAGAUAGUAAUCGGACACGUACAGUACAUCAGCACAAUUAUCAAAGAUGAUCGUAAAUACUUUCGGCGCCAUUUUGGCAUACAGUUUGUGUUGGAUGUGAUACACGAGCAUUUCACGCACAGUACGAACCUUCCGGCGCAAGAUGCAAAGAUGGUACGAGAGUCACUGCUGAGGAUCAUCAAGUACUAUAUUCAGAAAGAAGUCAACAUAAAGGAGAUAUCGGCAGUUUUGACAUUCCUCACUACAACAAAGCACGAGUCCACGGUUGGUGAGAUUAUCGAUAUGCUCAUACUGUUAAUUGAAGGGAAACACGUGAAGGAUCAAAUAUUCCUUCUUAUGUACGAGCCACACAUGGCAGAAGCGAUGUAUAUGCUAUUUAUCGAUCGUCAUUUUGGUAGCGAAGUGCAUACGAAGCUAAUCAAAUUCAUUACCGGUAUGCUGUGUACCAAGCGAAUAUCUGCCAAACAUAAGGCAGCUUUACGAUUGUACGAUACAUCCAUCGAAUGCCAUAGCCUUUAUCCAGGGUUGUUCUCGUUUAUGCUUCCAUUCCAACUGGAACCGCACGUCAUCCUUGGUCUGCUGGAUCUUAAUUUGAGCUCCGACACGGAAAUGGGAUACGCCGGGGCACUGUGUCUUAUGUAUCAUGCCAACCUUUCGGAACUGUCGCUAAAGCUGGAAAUAGCAAGGCGUCUAAUGACGAGCACGUUCACAAAACCGAAAGCUCCACAAAUGAUAGCAAAGCAGGUCGGUUGGCAGGAGUCUAUCGCGCGGUUGUUGAUUAAGAAGCCGGUCGAAAACCGCCCGGAGGAGGAAGGAUCAGAAAAGGAUAAGCAAAACUUGCUCACCGACAUGGACGAAGUGGUGAAGCGGGAAAGUGAAUCGUCCGCCGCUGGAGCAGGUGUUGAUGAUUUGAUCGUGUUUGAUGAAGACAAUUUGGAGCUACACGUACAGGAAAGCUGUAAGCAACCGAACUCAUUUAUGUCCGAGGCGGCUACCGCAAUUGAGCAUGAAAUCAAAGAGCUGGCAGAUACGGUUCAGGAAGCGGUAGUAGACAACAUUGCUUCGUCGAUCACCUCGGUAUACUCUGUAAUACGGCAGAAGACGUCGGAUAUACAGGACACGCUUGGUUCGCUGACACUUAGCUUCGAAGAGUCUGCCGGACGGAAGAAGAAAUCUUCCUUGAGCAGUAGUAGCGAGGAAAAUGUGUCCCUAGACGAGUCAGGAUCGCUUGCUGGAACCGGUUCAAUGGUGGUGGAGGAUCUGCAGUCGACGAAGAGUGCCGAAGAGUUGGACAGCAGUGCGGGAAAUAGUGUUGAUUCUACUAGUGAAAAGUAUGCAGACGAUAACGAGGAGGAAAAUCUCGUUUGCCUAGUGUCCAGCAGUUUGUUUACGAUUUUGUGGCGCGGUGUAGAAAAUUCCAACGAUUCGUGGCAGGAACGGGGUCAGGUGAUGGCAUGCAUUAAUCUGAUUGCGCUUAAUAAUGAACUAUAUUGUUCCCACCUUGCACUACGGCUACGGAUACUGGAGAUGGGUGUACAGGCAGCUUUGAUGGAUCUGGCGGAAAAUGCACACCUUGCACUAAUCCACCAGCAAAAUGCUGCCCAACUGUUACGGUUGGCGUACGAUUUGGUUGUACUGGACCCGAACGAGGACGACUCAAAGAAGUGUUCGGUGAAGCUGCUCGAUGGUGUCCUAUCGUUGCUGGACAUACUGAUGGUUUUUCAGCAGAGCAGCAGUGAUGAUUGGUCCGAAAUGUCCCAUCUCUGUUUGGGACUGCUGCUAAAGUGUUCGCACAGUGCAAACUCGGAAAUAGUGGCAAUGGCAACAGCGAAACUGCAUGCGUUAUUACAAAAUCGCACCAAUCAGGAUCCGGCCGAAAUUGGCUACCUAAUGUACAGUCUCAAUCAAGCAAUGUGCAAUGCAAUAGAGGUGGACAACUCGGAACAGUACUCGUUCCUCAUCCCGGUAAUGAAGGCGUUGUUGGAGAAAUCGCGUUCCGUGCUUGGAUUGGCCACACACACACCUGAUCUACCGGCAACAUCAUCCGGUCCUAUUUUCUUUCAAGAUUUCCAAACGUACUGUGCUAGUCGCCAGUGGACAACAUUUAUCGAUAAAAAGAUAAAACCACUAUACACCUCGUACCAGAAAGAUCUUUCCAAUACGCUCUGGGAACCGUUGAACACGUUUUGGGCAGAAUGUUACGAAUCGUGCAAAUUGUCAUCUCAGCGCAGGGCCAAACUGCAGAUGGAAAGUCGUCGAAAAUUUCAGGAACGAAUACUUGUACCCUGCAGAAUACGUCAAUCGGAGGAGAAUGCGCGUCUCAGCAUACAGCAAACCCAGCGAAAAGCAAAAGACGCAAACACCGAUCGUCGGUGGCUCAAUUUGCAGCGAUUUCUUUACGGGCCAAAAGGUGCUUGGAGCAAAGAAAGCAGAGAGGAAGAAUAUUGGCGAUUAUCCCAUCACGAAAAUGUGGCCCGUAUGCGCCUGAAGCUAGAACCGGAUCUAUAUCACGAUCCACAUACAGCAGCAGCCAAUUUGCGCGAUAAUACUACGUCCACUUCGCAGAGCCGGCGGUUGUCAUCCGAGUUUGGAUCGACCUUCGCACCCGCUGCCAUGGGAGAGGAGAAUACCGAUGAAGAAAUGUUACUAUUGGAGGAGGAGAUGAGAAACAGUAUGGAGCCGCAAGUUCCGGAAACAUCUGGAAAGGAGAAAAUUGUCAUAUCCCAGGAGUGUGAACUGAUCACUCUUAUGACACGCGUGAAAGGAAGAUUCGACCUGACAACGAGCCAGAUUAUGUUUACCGAAAUUGCCUCCUUAAAGGACGAUGGUCAGCGACAUGAUUUCAAAUUUCCGAUCGGUCAGCUGCGCGAACUCCACCUGCGAAAGUUUAAUUUACGACGAAGCGCGCUAGAGAUGUUUCUGAUCGAUCAAACGAGUUACUUCCUUAACUUUACGACACGCACGCGCAACAAAAUAUUUACCAAAAUUCUCAGCCUGCAGCCACCUAAUAUUCUCUACGGUUCCGGUCGUUCACCGGCCGAACUGUUAAAGUCAUCCGGUUUGACACAGAAAUGGGCGAAUCGCGAAAUAUCUAACUUCGAGUAUCUGAUGCAUUUGAACACGAUAGCCGGUCGAUCGUAUAACGAUUUGAGCCAGUAUCCGGUGUUUCCCUGGAUAUUGGCUGACUACACCAGCGAAGUGCUUGACCUGAAUGAUCCAAAAUCAUUUCGCGAUUUAAGCAAACCGAUCGGUGUAGUGAAUACGAAGAACGAAGCCGAAGUAAGAAACAAGUUUGAUGGUUUUGAGGAUCCGUCCGGAAUGAUACCGAAAUUCCAUUACGGGACGCACUACUCCAACUCGGCCGGCGUGCUUCAUUAUUUGAUUCGGGUCGAACCGUUCACCUCCUUGCACAUCGAACUGCAGAGUGGUCGUUUUGAUGUUGCUGAUCGUCAGUUUCAUUCGAUUCCACAAACCUGGAAGCUGCUAAUGGAUAACCCGAACGACGUAAAGGAGCUUAUACCGGAGUUCUUUUACUUUCCCGAGUUCUUGAAAAAUAUGAAUCGCUUUGAUUUAGGUGUGCUGCAGAUGACAAAGGAAAAGGUAGAUGAUGUGGUGCUACCGCCAUGGGCCAAAACGGCUGAAGAUUUCAUAGCGAUCCAUCGACGGGCGUUGGAGUCGGAGUACGUGUCGCAGCAUCUACACCACUGGAUCGAUCUAAUCUUCGGCUACAGACAGAAGGGUCCGAAGGCGGUUGAGGCACUGAACGUGUUUUACUACUGCUCGUACGAAGGUGCAGUCGAUCUGGACAAGAUAGCAAACCCGGUCGAACGUGAAGCGGUGGAGGGGAUGAUUAACAACUUUGGUCAAACGCCUUCGCAGCUGUUGCGGGAUCCACAUCCUCGCCGACUGUCGCUGGAUGAGCUUACGAUUCGUUUGCUGAAGCUCGAGCUAAAGCGACCGGAUCUUACCCUGAUCCUUGAUCGCGUGCAAUGCACAGCGUGCGAUUUAUCCACCGACAAGGAUCCGGUAGUCUAUCUGAGCACUCCGAAAAGUCCCCCAAGAUCGUUUUUGCAAACCAGUCCCGAUAUGUUAAUCACGGUGACAAAAUCGGGUAUUCUUGGCUGUCACAGCUGGAUGUCCUUUGACAAAGAGCGAGGAUUUCUGCUCGAAAUAGAUGCCACCACGCUAAACCUGAAGAAUCGAAAAAAGCUGAUCGGUCCAUUUCAUCCAUCGGUGACACUCAACUCCAAACUGUUUGCGGUCAGUGUAGAUGCCAAAUAUAUCUACGCCGGAGGGAUCUGGGACAACUCUGUGCGCGUUUUUAACAUGGCACGAGGAAAAGUUGUUGCAUCAGCUAUAAAUCAUUUUGAUGUGGUGACUUGUAUCGCUAUGGACAACUGUGGUUCCUAUCUGGUGACUGGAUCAAAGGACUGUACUUGUGUCAUUUGGUCCCUUAGCACGAACACCAGCGUCAGUCAACCCACGGGAUCCAAUCUGCAACCCAACACAGCUGCGUUGAAUCAGAACCUAGCCGGAAACGUGGUGGGAAGCGCGAAUGUUGUACAUCUUACCAAUAACCUCACUCCGAAACCGGUACACACGCUGUACGGGCAUGACGAUGCCAUAUCUUGCGUGGCCAUCAUGACCGAAUUGGACAUUGUUGUUUCUGGCUCGUUGGACGGCACUGUGAACGUGCAUACGAUCAAGAAUGGACAAUUCAUUAGGACAAUAAAUCCCAUCGGAUGUACGGGUUUGAAGAUUGAAAUAUCCUUCAUUACUGUAUCGUAUCAAGGCCAUAUAGCCUUCUCGGCACUUGAUGACACCUCACAUUCGGUGCACGUGUUCAGCAUUAACGGAGUUAACCUCGGUUCAAAGUAUGUGUCCGGUCGUGUAACGGGGUUGACCGCAGCAUCCGACUACCUCGUGGUUUCGGACGAUGCUGGCGAUGUUACGAUGAGCCGCCUGUAUGGAUUAAAACCCAUCUUCGACAUUCCUCUGCACGUUCCUACGCAAACCGUUGUCGGAACUGGUGGUACUACGCAUCUGUUGGCGCCGCUUCGAGACGGAAGCUUGGGCGUGAUCGGAAUUCAGCAACCAAUCAUUUAUAAAAAGCAUACCGUUCUAAACGUCUAACCUUCCGCAUGAUUCCACGUCUGGUUCAAUUACCAGCAUUUAUGUUAAUUACAUCCACGCACAGUCAGUAUUCCAAAUGUAGAGAUUUAGUACGAACUAUGUAGAACUCUUCUCAAUUAGAAUCAUGUUUUACAAUAUUUGGUGUCUAAUGCUGGUGUACUUAUUACAGGCAUCCGUUAAGUUUGUAUUAUGUUUUUUUUUGUUAAUUUUAUUUCCACCAAAUUUUGCUAGUAAAAAAUUAUAGAACUUAUUUUUCUUUGCGUGUAAAAUGUAAUCGAUAACAAAGGCAUGAACUCAACCGCAAUUUUCCUCAGAAUUCAUGCAUUUGCAAACUUCUUCCCGUCCCUUAUUAUUUCUUGACGAAGAUAACAAAAAGAUAAUUAGAUAAGCAUCCUUUUAAUAACGCAGCAUUAAAGGUUUAUAAAGUAGACUAAUGUCAAUGUUGAAUAUGUUGUUAUAGCUGAAUAUGGAACGAAGGUAUUGUUUAAACAUUGUAAACAAAAACAUGAAAAGAAAGUAAAAUUAUAACCAAUGAGAAUAAAUCACAAAACCUAACGUUGAAAUUAAACAAGAACGCUAAUAGUACGUAGAAUCAAAACGACACUAAAUUUUUGCUAAAAAAGAAAGUGAUCGUGUAUAAAUUUACCCGUGUAUCUAAUCGCCAUCGAAAUAUGCAUGGUACAACAAUUAUGUUGAGAUUUAUGAAAGGAAUUAACAUUUCACAGGUUCCACUGUGAACCGUACACCACUUUACGGUUUUGUUGAAAAUUUUAUAUAUUUUUUCCAUGUUUUACUUCACCCUGCUAUUACAACUCAAACGAAUAAACUAUACUUCCACAAA